UGCGGCUGGGUCUCUGGGCUUGGCUUCGGUGCCACGGUGUCUGACUCCACGCGGGGGUCUCGGAAGUGGUCUCGUGCCCCGCGGUUCCUGCUUCAGCGCGGCGACCGUCGCCACGGUGGCGGCCACUGUACCUCGUCCCAGUUCCGCGGCAUCAGCGGGCCCUGAGCAUAUGUCGGGCCAGGGCCAGACGGCGUCCGCGUCGUCGGCGUGGAGCUCGAUAUUCCGCCACGUCCGGUACGAGAAUCUGGUAGCGGGCGUGAGUGGUGGGGUCCUUUCCAACCUCGCGCUGCACCCACUCGACCUUGUGAAGAUCCGCUUUGCCGUGAGUGAUGGAUUGGAACUGAGACCGAAGUAUAAAGGAAUUUUGCAUUGCUUGACUACCAUUUGGAAACUUGAUGGACUACGGGGACUUUACCAAGGAGUGACUCCAAAUGUGUGGGGUGCAGGUUUAUCCUGGGGACUCUACUUUUUCUUUUACAAUGCCAUCAAAUCAUACAAGACAGAAGGAAGAGCUGAACGGUUAGAGGCAGCAGAAUACCUCAUCUCAGCUGCUGAAGCUGGAGCCAUGACCCUCUGCAUUACCAACCCAUUAUGGGUAACAAAAACUCGCCUUAUGUUACAGUACGAAGGGGUUGUUACUGCCUCACAGCGUCAGUAUAAAGGAAUGUUUGAUGCACUUGUGAAAAUAUAUAAGUAUGAAGGUGUGCGUGGAUUAUAUAAGGGCUUUAUUCCUGGGCUGUUUGGAACAUCACACGGUGCCCUUCAGUUUAUGACAUAUGAAUUGUUGAAGUUGAAGUACAACCAGCAUAUCAAUAGAUUACCAGAAGCACAAUUGAACACAGUAGAAUAUAUAUCUGUUGCAGCACUAUCUAAAAUAUUCGCUGUGGCAGCAACAUACCCAUACCAAGUUGUAAGAGCUCGUCUGCAGGAUCAACACAUGUUUUACAGUGGUGUAUUGGAUGUAAUCACAAAGACGUGGAGGAAAGAAGGUAUCAGUGGAUUUUACAAAGGAAUUGCCCCUAAUCUGAUUAGAGUGACUCCAGCCUGCUGUAUUACUUUUGUGGUAUAUGAAAAUGUCUCACAUUUCUUACUUGGCCUUAAAGAAAAGAAAAAGUAAGCUUAAAAGAAGAUAAUUCCAGUCAUCUGCCCGAGGUAGCAACAUGCUCCUUUGUAUUUGAGAAGUAAAAACUCCGAAUACUGCACAGCAACAUGAUCACUAGAAGUCACAGUACUGCUCCUUCUUCUGCUUUUGCUUUCCCCGUAUGUAUGGGACUGGGCUACCUCUGCCUAAGAUGGCUUCUAGCAACACAACAGUAGAACUGACACCAAGUAGAGAGUUUCACAAACUUUCUCCAUUCAUUGUCCAGGUAGAAGCUGAUUUGUAGCAUUUGCUAAGUGGAUUAGAAGAAUGUGCUGCUUUUUCUGAACUCCUUUGCCUGGAUUGGCACCUCUGUGCAAUAACAAGAAAAUGGCUUCUUAAAAGGUGUCAUUGUGGUUUCAAGGAUAAAUUAAACUUUAGUGAUUUCAGAAUCAGGAAGAGUUUGGUGGGAAUAAAAUCCACUGUAAAUGUACUUUAGUUUUAAUUCAAUCUGAGUGCACUAACUGGAGAAAUGAGAUAUUAUAUGCUUCUCUUAAUUUGAGAAGUAUCUGACAUUUGUUGUCAUUCCAUCAAUUUUUUUUUUUAGAGGCUUGUUCAUAAUUUAAAAUGUAACCCUGGAUCUCAUUACCUGUUUGGGAUAGGUAUUCAGUGUCUUUUAUAUUUAUAAAAUCAGAACUAGGAUCCAUCUCUGUCACCCCUUAUUUAUUAGCCUAUUUGGUUAAAAUCACUUACUGGAGUUUCUAAUAGAUCACCUUAUAUAAACAGUGGAAUGUUUUGGGAUAUGUUUUUUUGUUAACUUCGAAAAUGAGAAGCUUUAAUGCCUGACUUCAAAUUUCCAGAUAUGUGGGUCCAAGUCCCAAAUAAGUGGUCAAUCUACAUUGCUUUCUCAAAGUCAGGUUUAAGUACAAAUUACCUGAAGUCCAUUAUUGAUUUUACUUUUAUGAAUUACUAUAAAUUUCUAUAAAGGCCUGCCCCAAAAGGAUGCCAAAAUACUACUAUUUUUAUAUACCAUGAACAUCUAUAAAUGCUUUUUUGCACUACCGUCUACUAUUGUAAAUAAAAUAUUGUGUUUUUCAAAGCCAUAGUUAAAUGGUUCUUUGAAAAAAGGUCUAUUUUUUAUAUUUUAAAAAUGGCUUUGUUUUAAAAAUAAAGAGGAAAUGCUAAGGACCUGACUGUAAUUGCUCUAUCUCUUGUAAUAUGCAGAGGAUUAUAAAUUAAAUGCGAUGUUAUUUUUUUUCCCA